AUGGCUCAACGUCAACUCUCGCGCACUCUGCCAAAGAACUUCACUUUCUCCCUAGGCGACAAUGAACCCAGGACCCCCGAGCGCCCCAGUACCGCGAUCGAUGUGCCCCCACCUCCCCGUCACUCAAUCUCUAGCUGCCGUCUGCCCAGAGUUAGGGCUCGCGCAGGUACUAAUGUUUGCGCUCGUAUGGACAUGGACAUGUUCCAGUUCCGCGGCUCAGAUGUCCCGCUACCUUCAAUCGAAGUGCCUCAGUCAACUACCGACUUCGAGACACGUUCAUUCGGUGAUUUUGCCAAUGACGAGGGGUAUCUUGCGCCUCCGCGUUCGCGACUAGAUUUCAAAACACCGCCUGCCCAGAUCCGUGGCACGCCUUUCGACUCUUGCGACACUGGAAACCCGUGGCCAUCGUGGGACCAGACACCUGGCCCGAACAAUAUCAAGCGCCCAGACUCGGCAUGCUCGAAUCUAUCUGACUCUUCAAUUGAAUCAAUUGAAACAUUCUCGUCGCGACCAUCCGUAGGAAGCUGCACCAGCGUUGAAAGCGACUUGUUCGACUCUUACUUCCCCUUGGAGGUUGCGAAAGAACCUGAGAUUGAGUCGCCUUCGCGACCCCAGAAACAAGAAUUUAAUUUGAGAGUAAUUGACAAGUCUUGGACUUACGAGAUGGACAACCAUUUGUGGAAUACCUACCAAAUUUACCUUCAGGACCCUACUAUGACCCCAUUCAAGAUGACUCCAGGCAGCAUUCCACCCCUGGGAGUUACCUCACGUGUCGCGCGACGCGCGAAGAAGACAUGGGAAAAGAAGAGUAGUCGCAUUGUUCAAUCUGUGUCGAUGACGUCUGUUGAUCCUGCUGGAAUCUCUACCCCUAAGGCCAUGGACGAAGGGUCGCAGCGACCUUGGCCUAAGUCCGACUCGAAGACUCGACGGCGCCUGAAGAAGCUUUGUCGACGCAAGUUUUCUAUUUCCCCUCACUACCAGCGCAUCAUGCAAUCUCGUACCCCCGAGCCUGUUGCGCAAAUGUUCGGGCCUCCCGCGGAUACCCGGGUGCAGGACUUCGCCGAUAAUUCAGCCUACACAACUCGCGACCUCGGCGUUUCUCUUGUUACCUCCUAUGAUCCCACUCCAAUUUCUGAAGUUACACAAGAUCUGCCAUCUUUGAGCACAGAUUGGUUCAACCACCCUGUGCCUGUUACCGCCGACCCACCAGUGACCAAGACUCCCAUUCAGCAUCUCCGGGUUGAAUCUGCUCCCAGUAUCCCUCGCCUGGGGUCUCCAUUUGUCUACAACACCUGGGGUCCUGGUGAGUCAAACCGGCAAGUCCAGGGUGUCGGUGCUCGACGUGAGACCGUUCAUGUUCCCGGCCAUCGUGCGCGACGCAACACAUACUUGGACCAGACUUUGCAAGAUACCAACGAUGUAUUCGCAAGUAUAUCAAAGGAGAACAAUCUCCCAUCCGACCAAGAUGUCGAGCGACGUUUAGAGGACUAUGUUCGUGACAACAAGUUCCAAGACAUGGGCCAUGGCCGGGUUCGCGUCCGUAACCGUGGAGCUACCACUAGCGCUGUCAAUCCCAGAGAUAUGGACCAACUUUUCUCGCCGCCUUCUUCUCUUAACUCAGGUCCAAUCGAACCUGAAGAGACCACGCCCGACAUGAAACCGCCCAUGAACCACUUGUUGGAUCUCGGCGAAAAUAUCAAACGCCUAGGCUCACCCUUCCGAAUUGAAGGAGGAUUCAAACGUCGCGAAGCUCCAAACCGAACAAGUCGACGUGCACCUGCACUGUCGGAUCCCUUCUCGAAUGGCGGUCCUUCAUACAUGAGACCUGAUACCAACGCGUCUCCCAUGCAAGUUUCACCAACGCAAGUACACGAGAAAGCCCCGGGCUCUUUACCAUACAAUGCCUUCGAGGAUGGCAUUUCUGAUGCCGAACGCAUCCGCCGGCAAAUCUUGAACAUGCCUCUUACUCGCAACUAA